CUUUACAAUAUUCCCCACUAGUAACUGCAUGAGGAUUUUUUUUUUUCCUUUACUUCAUAUGACUUGUGCACAGUACCAUGAGAUGUUAGGCAAGUCUUGGUUUCCUCUGUUGUCGCAGGAACUGUUAAACAAACAGUGAGCGUGCUUGUGAGUGAUUUCCUGUGCAAACUGAGUCGACUAGAACAUAGGCAAAUGAAAACACGGGCUGUCUUUACCAACAGGAAAAGCUCUUUAUUCUUUUAGACUUACUGCGCUGCGCUUUCUUCUAUACUGGAGGUAUAGUUGCCAGGAGCCUUAAUCCAUGGGAUUUCAUCACGUACUUGGCAGAUCCUUCAACAGCCACUUCUGACAAAGUCUGAUUUAGCGAAUCAAAGAUGUCAGCGUGCAGUGACUUUGCAGAACACGUGUGGAAACCUGGCUCUUGUAAGAACUGCUUCCACCCGCUGAGCGCGCACAAGACUAUCGGCGGCCUGGAUGGCCGCCUAGGAGGCGAUGAGGAAACUGGAGUGACAGUGCCUUCACCCUACAACAAGCCAACCAUCGCUGUUAAACCCACUAUGAUGAACCUUGACCCAAAGGAGGCAAUGACUGAUGUCAACAUGAACAUUGAGGAGGAGAAUGCCAAGAGUCCACUUGAGCAUUUGGGCCUGAAGAACCUCUUGGGCCUGACAACACUUUACAUUGAUAGUAACGGCUGCAAUAAGGCCCAUAGAGAGACAGUUCUUCAAAGUCCUGAAUCCAAGCGGGACUACAACAAUUACUUGCUGCCUAGCAUCCCAUUGAAAGAUUCCAUGAUUAUAAGCAAUGUGUUUGUCACGCAGGAGGAGGGCAGAGGUUCUCAGAGUUUACAGAUCAAGGCCAAUGGUGAGUCAUGUAGGCAGCAUGGUAAUACAACCACCACCGUGAAGAACACUUGCAACGGAAGCGGUGUGGUCAAAAGCAGGGUAAAUUGUCCGGAAGUCCAUCAGGGUUCAUUGGAAAUACCUUUGUCUGUGGAUAUUAUCACUUCCAGUUCUGCUACGGUUCACAGCAACAACAUUAGUGGAAGUACGGUGACUGCCACCACUGCAACAACCAGUACUUGUAUCACUUCUCCCUCUACAGCCUUAAGCGUGGACGCAAUUUCUCAGCCAUCCCUUCACUCUCCUCCAAACCUUUCUGGACAGACCAGCCUAUCGGAUUCCUCUUGUUCGUAUCGCAGUAGUACAGAUUCACUUCCUGGGCCAGAUGGCCUGGCAGUGAGACAAAUUGGGUCAGAGAGCCCACAAAGCCCACAAUCCUACACAGGUAGCUCGCAGUCAUUGCCCAACUCUCCCAAUCGACAGCCGAGCUCAGAACCAAUUUAUGCAGAGAGCACUAAGAAGAGGCGCAGGCCACAGGGGAAUGAGGCGCAAUCUUGUCAGAGUUCCCAUUCUCAGAGUCAGAUCCAGAAUUCAUCACAUUGUCCUGAGAUUGAGGUAUCAGGAGAGGGUCAACGGGCCACUAUCACUGUAAUGGCAGCUCGCACAGAGGAGAACAACAGGACAUUCUUCCUGAGCAGCCCCGAUUCGGGCGUCAGCACCCACUGCCACUUCAGCCCCACAGCCCGCAAAGACCCCAGCAGUCCGGCAUUCCGCUGGCCCAGCCCCAGCCGCAGCUCUCCCUCCUUAGCUUCAGAGGCCAGUCUGGCCCUAGCUCUCCAACCCAAGUCUCAGUCAAGCCCACCUAUACCCCCAAAGAGGAGCACACGCUCCCCCAAACUGGGCACCUCCAGCCUCUCAUCGCCUGUUGUUUCUCCUGUUCCUUUGUCUGAACUUCCCAUGCUUGUCCUCAUCUCGCCCAGAGAGGCCCAGUUCAAGGUGCAUACAGACAAACACACCGCAGCAUCUGACCGCUGGCACAAGCCCCACAACCACAACUCUGGCUGGAACUGUCGCAUCGAGGAAGAAGAGGAGGAGGAGGAGAGGGAGCGGAAAGUGGAAGAAAUGAAGAGACACGCCGGUGACCCGCAGACAGCCUCUCGAGUGGCAGGCAUGGUCAAUGGUGCUGCUGUCUGGCCGGGGGCCAAGGACUGCAAGGCCCCCAGCAGCCCCCCUUCCAAGACAGAGCCAGGCACGGCCCUCCCAGCUGCCCACAACAAUGUUGUCUGUCAGGGGAAGACCAAGGGCACCGGUACGCAGGAGGAAGCCAAGCAUAACAGGAGCAUGCCGACCAAGCAAUCACUGCUUACCGGCUCAUCAGAGUCAUUGGCAGCUGGGAAGGGAGCUGCUACAAAUGAGCCCAAUCCACCUCCUCCCCCACCGAAGAAACUCCACAGAGUGUGUGGUAAAAUGAGCAGCAGCAGCUUGGAGUUGGACCGCUGCAGCCAGCAAGGGUCAGUGGAAGGCCGGAGUUCCUCUCAGCGUGGCCUGGGCAGUGCCGGUCUACGCACUGCCUCCACCGACAGUCUGAGCGCUGAUACCGGAACUUGGGCUGCAACACGGACAUCUUCUUGUUCUUCUCCCAAGAGUCCAGUGACCUCAGCUCCAGGGUCUCCUCGCCCUCCCACAGUUAACAGCUUGAGUAACCAGCCGCCUCCGCUGCCUGAGAAAAAAAUGGUCAACCGCACUGUGUCAGCUCCCGACAGCGCAAACGGAAAACCUUUCAUACGUGCCUACCCACGUCUCCCGUUCAGCGGCUCAGAGACCAACGUGUGUCGGCCUGUUGAUGUUGGGUGCAGGUCCAGUUUACCAUCCAGCCCAGUUGACCCACAACCUGUUUUCUCUUCCAGUGAGUCUCUGGAGCAUUGUCAUGCCUCGCCAGGGCGACCUUUGACGUCUCGGACACUUGACGAGCCACUGAAGAGUCACAGGCGUCUGGGCGUCCACUGCCGAAGCAGCAUCACUUGUUCCUCAUCACCCCAGCUCAAUGUGCCUUUCUCCUCCUCAGAACAAGGGACAGCACCAAGUUUAGGGUCCAACCUGCAGCUCCAAACGUUACUGAGCAACAUUGAUAGUCGGGAGGGCGUGUACUCCAAACUUGGCGGCCUGUAUGCUGAAUCUCUGCGGCGCUUGGCUCUAAAAUGUGAAGAUCACUUCACCCGCUCUCAGAAGAACCCACUCAGAUUUGAGGAGAGCAACUGGUCUUUGUUCAGGCUCACGUCCAACAAGCCGACCUGCAGUGCAGGAGAUGCCGUGUACUACUCUGCAGCUUGUGCCUCAGACCCCUCCAACUCAUACGCCGUGAAGAUCUGCAAGAGUCCAUCGAUGGAGGCCAAACAGGGUCAUCUGUACAGUCUGUCGGUGCAGCAGAGCAUGCGUUCUCACUUUAACCUCCAGCAGGACUGCGGCCACUUCCUCGCUUGCAUCCCUCAGAGCAUGUUGCCUUCAAACGAAGUCUCCCUGCCCACCAAACCUGCUUCAUCACUGACUCAGCCCUCUGCUACUGCAGCCACCCAGCAGGCAGACAGAGAGCGAGUGGUGGUCAUCACCCCCGAGAUCCCACAGCAGACUGCAGCCGACUUUGUGCGGGAGUGGGAGGCGUUUCAUAAAAGUCAACCAGAGGUCUACGAACGCCGCGUAUGCUUCCUCCUCCUGCAGCUGUGCAACGGUCUUGAGCAUUUGAAGGAACAUGGGGUCACACACCGCGACCUCUGCCUGGAAAACCUGCUGUUGGUGCCUCAUCAUUGCCGUCCGCUGCUGGCACAAGCUCCGCCUACAUCCUCUCAGUUCUCCCAACAGCUGUCCAACGACAACGGCACCAGUAACGGUUCCAGCACUGCAGAUAUUCAGCGACACCUUCCUCGGCUCCUCAUCAGUAACUUUGCUAAAGCCAAGCGUCGCUCGUCCGAGGACGCAGCCUCAACCAGCGUGGACCCUCGCCUCAAACGUGAGCACGCCAGGUUGGCCCCUGAGAUUGUUUCGGCAGCACAGUACCGCAAAUUUGAUGAGUUCCAGACAGGCAUUUUGAUUUACGAACUCCUCCACCAACCCAAUCCAUUUGAAGUGAGUCCUGCACUGAAGGAACAAGACUACUGCUGUGAGGAGCUGCCCCCAAUCCCUCCCGUUUCCCUUUACUCGACUGGCCUUCAGAGGCUGGCCCAGCUCCUGCUCCAACCUGACCCCAUCAAACGCAUCCACAUCCAAGAGGCUAAACGUAUCCUGCAGAGCCUGCUUUGGGGCCCCAGAAAAGACCUCAUGGAGCAGCAGUGGGAAAGACGAGGACAGGCGGGCGGCUUUGUCGAGGGGUCCAGACACGAGGGUCUCCUUAACUGGCUGGAUGUGAAGCGGGCCCUGCUGAUGAUGAAGUUUGCAGAGCGUUCGCUGGAGCCUGAGAGGAACGCUGAGCUGGAGGACUGGCUGUGCUGUCAGUACUUCUCCUCGGCUCACCCACUGUCUCUCUGCCACACUGCUGAACUGCUGUACUCACUGAAGUGAUCACUCAGUUUAGUGUUGGUGUACUCUGUGAGUGGAAAAUGUUUGUGAAUGAAUGCAUACUAAAGACAGUAACGUCAAAUGUAACUUUGAGACUCUGGAUGGGUGUGGACAUUAGAAUCCUUUGGAUUUCCUUCUUUCUGAAUAGGCGAUCGUGUGAACCUUUGCACCUGUUAGUGCUACCACUAUGUGCAUGAGCUGGGCAUCAACUUUCCUGUCCACUUGGUACUAUUUACAAUCUUACCCUGCUACUACUACACUGUUAUCUUAGCAAAGAAACUACUGUGAAAAGUUUGGACUGGUGUUUAUCCCAAGAUACUGUAGCAUGAAGCAAAUGAGCAUCUACAACUCCACCAGGAUGGAACGCCAGUCCAUGCCAGGUUACUUACCCAGUCGAGGCUGGUACCCAUUUACAGCUAAAGUGUCUUGUUCAAGGACACAGACAUGUAGCCUGGAACACACACCUGGAAUCAAAUCCCGGUUUAUAUAUUUGUAUUCCAAAUCCUAGCCGACAGAGCCACUUUCUCUAUUCGAGUGUUUUAUGACACAAGCUUAAAAAUCCAAAAACAACCUAAAAUACUUUUGUGUCACUUACACUAAAACAUGAAGAUUAUUUAUGAGUCUGUAAUAACAAAGUGUCAUACGAUGCUACAUUGUACAUCCUUAUUAAAUGCCGAUUUAAAAAAAAAAUUUCUUAAAAUUCAGGAUUUCUGGGUUUCAAAUGUACUGUAAUUUAUGACAGACAGUAAAGUCAACAUGUUGCUACUGACUUAGUGCCUGUCAAAGAAAAUGCUAACUGCAGUUAGCGUGACUGUAGGUAUCUAGCUGUGGUUAUAGCUUAGUUAACAUUGUUUUAGGGUGGCUGCCUGCGAUUAGCACAUGCAGUCAUGCGUAGAAGUACAAAAAAUAACUGAGCUGUAACUGCAGUUAGCAUGACAGCAGUUAGCUAGCUGCAGUUACAGCAUGGAUAACAUUUUUACUAAGAUGGCUCCCUACAGUUAGCGUAGGUAGUCGACGUUAGCGUGACCAUAUAUGCUAAUUGCAGUUUGCAUUUUCUUUAACAUGUCAUAAGUCAAAAACACCAUGCCAACUUGACACUGUCCACCAAAAACCUUUUAUCACUGAUAAAAUAUCAAUUAUCAAGUGCUUUUUUGUCAGUUGUUUUGCAAAAACAAUUGAAAAUAUGGCCUUGUUUUUGUAAAAACAACGAACAAACAACAAAACUGAUGUUUCUGUGCAGCUAACUUUUUUCUAAAAUCAAAUUAAAAGGUCACAUUAUUGCAACACUUGAUUACACAUCUAUUAAUGUGCACAUACUGUAUAAACAGCAGAAAUCAGACUGGAUACAUUUGGCAGCAGUCAUCCUCUUUUCCUUGUGUUUACUUUUCGCUUCUGUUUAAAUGUUUUGGCAUUUGUCUCAGUAUUUCUUUUUUUUUUUUCUUUGUUACAGUGACUCAAACGUCACAUGUAAAUAUGACUGAACUUUCUUCCUUUGUGAAACUGGCCUUUCACAGAAGGUUCUGGAAAUGACUUUGUACAGUGAUGUGCAGAUUAUUGGAGCCCAAGCAGGUCUUAAAAAGCCACAAACAGGAGCAGUAGUCACAAAAACUAUUUAUAAUUUGUUAUCCUGUAGUUGUCACUGGAAUUUUUUUGCUUGUUUAUUUGUUUAUUUUCAUGUUUUGUUUUUUUGGUGGGGGGGCAGCACAGCAGCUGGGCCUGUUUGCCUUGAGUGGUCCACAGAGGCUAGAUGUAAAAUGUGAUGUGUGAGCUAUAUAUAUAUUGCAGGGCAGCAGGACUUUACCGGCUUGCAUGCAAGCUUUCAUGAUUUUCUGGUGUUGAAAAGAAUUUGCGUACCUGAUCAUGUCGGAGCGUUCUGUGUGCCUCACAAAUUUACAUCUAUCAAUAAACUGUAUAUUUUCCAA